UAACCCUUGACAACCAAACAGUCCAACUGACGAGCUGUUACUUUUAAGGAUUAAGGAGUUUUAGAGUAUGGUUUAAACUACCGAUCCAACUUUAUCCUCAGUGUUGAUCCAAAGGAUGGCUCCUAAGGCACGGAAGAGAUCAAAAAGUACUGCAGGCAGUAAAAGAAAAGGGAAAGGCAGAAGGAGUCAGGCUUCUACACCCCCUGGAGGUCACCAUGAUGAAAUCUUCCCCCUGGUCCUGACAUCCGCUACCCAGGAGCUCUUCGGUUGCUGUGCUGAUGAAGACGUCACGAAGAAGAGCCCCUACAAGCUGCUAAAAAAAGACGACAUCGUACAGGACAUGAAGACAAGAGCUGCAGUGUCUGAUUUCAGCCCAGUGAAGCAGAUUGUGCUUGAUUACCCAGAGGAAGAGAUGUUGUUGGUUUUUGAUGCAGACUUCAGAUAUGGUCAGAGCUUCUACUUGGUUCUGACGCCAGAAGCCAAAAGAAGAAUACUUAAAUCCCCAGAGACUGAAGCAUCAGAUGUGUUUGAGGCUGAAGUCAAUAAAACCCCACGAUCAAAGCACUGGAUUUCUCUUGGCAGCGAGAAGGAAAUAGACGAGGAACUUCUCAAGGAAACAAGAGAAAAGCUGAUGCUCAAAUUAAGAGUGGACCGGAUAUUUCGAUUGCCGAUCUGUUUUUCAGAUCACAACAGUGCAGAUUCUAAGGAUAGCCACCUGGAAUGUGCUUCCUACCAGGACAGUAGAUUCAACAUCAAGAAACUGCAGACUGAUUUUGGAAUUCAGGCUGUUCCCAAGCUACAGAGCAGCAGUACUCAGACACUGAGGAUGGUUCCAAAGGACACCUUCACACAGUACGAGCCAAGAGAGUUCAGCAACGAGGAACUAGAAAAUAUUCUUCAAGACGAGAGUCUGAAGAAUUGUUGUGCCAUACAGACCCCUAGGAUCUUGCAUGCCCUGCAACAAGAAGAGAUUAUGAAUGUGUUUAUUGAUGACUGGAAGGCUCUGGGGACAGGGCUUGAAGCUGGUGAAUGGUCCGGUCAGGUGUCUGAUAGUCUGGUGCUUCAUCAGAUCUUCACAAAUCAGAAGUACUCCAAGGACAAGAAAAUUAGUUGCCUUAACUGGCACCCAACGAUAUAUGGUGUGAUUGCUGUGGCUUUGAUAAAGAAAAAGGAGGAGCAGACAGAGGAAUCUCCGUUGUUACUCCCGAGACCAGCUUUCAUCGUCUUCUACAGCUUCUCUGACUCUUCUAAUCCCCAGUUGCUCCUGGAGUGCCCAGACGACAUUCUUGCAUUCGAGUUCUCCCCCUCUAAUCCAAAUAUUAUUGUUGGCGGCUGUGUGAAUGGCCAGGUUUUGUUAUGGGACAUCUCUGUUCAUGUCACCUACUUACAGGCAGCACACCCUGGCAGUAAAAAGGCCGCAGCAAAUCCUGACACAUUUGACCUCAAUGACAACGGAGAGAAUAAGACUCCUGUUGUGCGAUUCUCUGCAGUGUCAGCCUUGGAAACCAGCCACAAAGCCCCAAUUACUGAUGUGCAGUGGCUGCCACAAACAUUUGAGGUGACUGGGAUGGGUUUACCAGUGGAAAACAAGAUGAAAGUGUCUGUUCAGAUUACCACCUGCUCUCCUGACUGCACUAUACGUUUUUGGGAUGUGAGACUUGCAAAUCUGCUCAUUCAUACACCUUUGGACAGAAGGCAGACUGACCAGAAGACCCCAAUUACAGCCUGUAGCAUCCCUGAAACGUUCAAACACCUGGACAGGACAUGGAAACCAUUGUUCAGGGUUUCCCUGCCAAAGAUCGAUACCAAAGGAGAAUACGUUCCUUUGAAGUUCAGCUUUGAACAUUACACCUGCAGUACAGAAAAAGAUACAGAAAAUAAAUGGACAGAGAACCUUCCUGAGUACAGCCAACUCAGAAUGCCAUUGACUGAAAAACUGAAAGCAAUGGAAGAUGUCAAUACCAAAUUUUUUGUUGGGACAGAGAGUGGGGAGAUUGUUUACACUGACUGGAAACUGGAAAUCGACGAGUCUGGGCGGCCGCGCAGUGCCAAACCUCUUCUGUGUUUCAACACCCAUCAGUGGCUGGUGAACACAGCACAGCGAUCACCAUUCUUUAAAGACAUUAUUUUGACAACAGGAGGCUGGAAUUUUGCCAUUUGGAAAGAGGGAGUCAUGGGCGGCCCAUUGGUUGUGUCACAAUACUUUGAGCAGGAGUGCACUGUGGGAUGCUGGUCACUGUCCCGGCCAGCUGUUUUCUUCAUUGGGAAACAAGAUGGCAGUGUUGAGGUAUGGGACCUGCUGAAAAACUCCAGUGAACCACUACAACUUCAUGCUCACAUCAGCAACACCAAGAUAACCUGCUUGAAACCCUGGGCUGUCUCUGCCAAGCAGCACUUCCUGGCUGUGGCGGAUGAUCUUGGUGUUCUCCGUGUUUUUGAAAUUCCAAAGACCCUCUAUGUUCCCUCCAGGCAUGAGAGUUUAAGCAUGAAGAAAUACUUUGAACUUGAGACGGCGAACUUAAAGGACUAUUUAAGGAGAAAAGAAAUCUGGACCAAACAGGAAAAUGAGGAGGAGGAGCUCAAGAAAAUGGAACCUGGUACACCAGUGACGUGCCCAAAUGUCACUGUUUAUCCAGACAUAAAGGAGUACCAUGAUGAUGUGAUGCUAGAGGAGAAUUCCCUAAAGAGCAUAGGCAUGUGGCCCACUGGUGAAGAGAUAUAGAGGCAACGUUAGAAAGAUCCUGUCCCAGAGUAGGGCAGAAAAACUAUUUCAUUCAUUUGUUACUUCGAGGCCGGACUAAGUGGGGUUUCUGCAAACCUUAGAACUCAAUGGAAAAGGCUGGACUUAUAUUUUAUAUUACCAAUUCGCAUAAUAAACUUCAUUUGGACACCUGGCGGAGGCCCAGGGGACGGCCCAGGAGGCCCAGAGGACGGCCCAGGACACACUGGAGGGACUAUGUCUCUCGGCUGGCCUGGGAACGCCUUGGGCUCCCCCCAUAGGAGCUGGAGGAGGUGUCUGGGGAGAGGGAAGCCUGGGCGUCUCUACUAAGUCUGGCGCCCCCGCACCCCAGUUCUGGAUAAUGUGGGAGACGAUGAGUAUGAGUACGAGUAAUUUAAAUUAAGUCUAUAUGAUUGGACCAUGUAGAUUUGAUUUUGUAUUUCUGGGUGUGAAUUGGAUCUUGUAAAGUGCCUUUAGAUAACCCCUAUUGUGAAUUUGUGGCGUAUAAAUUAACUGAAUUGAACUAAUAAUUAAGAACCAAAGAAAAUAAUAGAAUAGGAACUACGGUAUAUAGGUAGUAAAUAGUUUUUUUUUAUAAGCAACAGCUAUAAAAAUAUUCAGGCUCGCCAAAAACGGUGUGUCUGUCAUAGUUGUUGUAUCUUUGGUAGACACUUCACCCUCGUUGCCUGCUGAUAGUGGUCAGAAGGCCCGGUGGCACCGAUUGUAUGGCAGCCUCAGUCUUCCCCAGGGCAGCUAUGGCUACUGUGUAGCUUUCCACUGUCAGUGUAUGAAUGUGUGUAUGAAUAAGUGAAUAACUGAAUGUAGUGCAAAGUGCUUUGGGGUCUCUGGGGAUUUGGAAAAAAAACACUAUACAAGUUACACUAUAUACAUAUUUAACCUUUCACCAUUCUGACAAAAGUUGAUAAAAAUUUUCAUGACAAAGUCUCUGUAAACUGUCUGAACAAACAUGUAUAAAAUUAAAAACAGAAUCAAAAGUUUAAACUUUAUUUUACCUAAAACAUUUGAAUUGUUUCAAGCAACCACAGAUAA